UUGGAAAGCACGUCCUGGGCUGCUUCCGCUUUUGGUAGCGGAUUUCUGGAAUCGAAUUCUGCUGGGUUCGUCCUUUGGUUCAGAUUUUGCUGCGCGGCAGGGGAAUCCGUCGAUAAAAGCUGAACCAAACAGGGCCUUAAUGUGAAGCCCGUCCGUACAGGCCUCCUUAUUGGGUCAACAGAAUCGCAUACUUUGGUAUCUGUUGACUCUUGCGCUGACCAAAUUGCCCAAAUCAGUUCAGUUUUAUAAUCAGAAGAAAGCUGCAAUUGUUCAGAAGGUGGGGCAACUUCCUGGGUGCAGUAUUACUAUCCUGUUUACAGACCGCAUGAACAACCUGCUGCCUCAUGUUGAAUUUGCUGAUUUAGAUCCUGAUGACAAUGUGUGUGAGAAGGUGGUGUCUCUUUUCCCCUAUAUGGAUGGAAUUAGUAUGUUCAACGGACAUGUUGUGUUAAAUAAUUGCACUUCCAUGGGUAGGCAGGGAACUAUUCAGCCAGGAUCCGCAGACUUGUUCACGUUUACUUGCACAAACGCAGUCCUAUUUGACAUAGCAAGAAACGAUGAUGAAGCAAAAUUGGAAGCAGAACAUCUUCAAAAGAUUGCUGGCGCUGCUGUGUUCAACUUAAAGGGCGAGGUUGUUGGCAUACUAAGUUCGAAUGCUAGAGGUUAUGAUGUGAAACUGGCCAAGAAGUCAUCUUACUUUAAAGAGCACUUUGAUAAACUGGGAGGCAAACAAGUGAAGUGGCUGAAGGGGCAGGGGAAGCGCUCUAAUUCAGAGAUCCUGAGGGAGCCUAAUAUCUGAAGACGCUUGAUGCUUUUUGGGUAAUUCUCGUAGUUGUAUUUACAUCCUAAUUUUUUUUUGGUGACCACCGUGAUAGUCAUAAUACUCCUCCAUUCCUGGUUGGUGGUAGUGUUUGUGAGACAUGAUCAACUAGAUGGUGAGGUAUCUGUACCUAAGUAGCUAUGGAAAGAGCAACUAGUCGGCUAUAUCGUGGCCAGCGGUGACUUCCUCAGUAGCAGGAUCCAUACCCUAGAAUAGGGUGAUGAAGCAUGGGUGGAGGCAUUCAAAUGUCAAGCUUUCUGGAUAACAGCGACGAUCUGAACGAUUCACCUAUAUUGAGAAUUUUUGGUGCACAUAAAGGACCAUGGUGAUUUCUGUGGUUUUAAUUUUAGCAAGUGAGAUAACCUUGUCAAGCAAAUGAUAC